AUGUUCAGACCUGGUAUUUGUGCAAAGAGAUCAGUUUCCGUGCUGAGUAGACGGUUUGUGAGACCCAUCUCGCUGAAGCCGAACUUUGAGAAGUUCAAGCUCACGAGUGAACCACCGGGACAUAUCGUUGGUGACGUUAACGAUCCGGUGCCCACCCAAGAGGCAGAUUUCUACCACAGUGUAUACCACUGGAGUUAUGAGCGUAUAGUUGCUGUUACAAUGGUACCACUAGCGGUCCUGCCUUUCGUCUCUGGUACGAGUUAUCCGUUGCUGGAUACCCUGUUGUCGACCUUGAUCUUAGUGCAUUCGAACGCCGGAUUCCAGUCCUGUAUCAUUGAUUACAUUCCAAAGAGAAUCUACGGAGUCUGGCACACAUACGCAAUGAGACUACUAGCGUUUGGUACGUGUGUUGGUCUCUAUGGUGUCUAUGAACUCGAGACCAAAGACGAAGGUAUCACCACCUUGUUAAAGAAACUGUGGACAGAGCCUAAGGCAAGACCAAUCUCGUACUUUGGCUAUUGA